AUGGUGGAUUGCAAACCAAUAGAUACGCCCAUGCAAGUUAAUCACAAGUUGAAGAUAGUAGAAGGUGCCACCCUAGCAGAUAAGGAAAGGUACCAGCGACUGGUUGGAAAACUAAUUUACUUAUCACAUACUCGGCCUGACAUAGCUUAUGCUGUGGGAAUAGUAAGUCAGUUUAUGCAUAAGCCACAAGAAGAUCAUAUCGAAGCUGCCAUGAGGAUAGUUCGAUAUUUGAAGAGAGCUCCAGGAAGUGGAAUCAUUUUCAAAAGAAAUGGCCAUUUGAAGGUUGAGGCAUACACCGAUGCAGAUUGGACAAGCAACCUAAAUGAUAGAAGAUCAACAGCUGGUUACUUUACACUUAUUGGAGGCAACCUGGUAACUUGGAAAAGUAAGAAGCAGAAAAUUGUAGCUCUUUCAAGCGCAGAGGCAAAAUUUUGA